UCCUUUAUGUGUUCUUGUGAUAUUUAAAAUGAUUUUUUUUCAUUUUACUUGAUUUAGCUUAAAAAAUUAAAAAUAUGAAUAGAAAAAAAAUAUAUAUAUAUAUAUUUUUUCGCUAAAUUAAAUUUUAUAUUUUAAUAAAAAAAAAAUCAAAAAAAAAAACCACAAAAAAAUAAAUGUAGAAAUUAUUUUUAAUGCCUAUUUAUUAAAAAAUAAAAAAAAAAAUGAAAAGAAAUUAAAAAUAAAUAAAAAAAAAAAUUAUUAAGGACGUGUGCAAAAAAUUAAUUCAAGCGAAUAUAGGAAACAAAUAAAACACAUGGGAGUUAUGGGAGAUUUACAAGCUACAAUUGAAUUUUCUGUUGAACUUUAUAAAUUUUAUAAUGUUGAUUUAUUUCAAAGAGGCUUAUAUCAAGUACGAUGCUCUCUUCGGGUUUCACCAAGAUUGCCUGUACAAAUUGAAACCAGUAUACCUGAACAACAUCAACAACCCCCAUCAACAACUUCAUCAAGUGCAUCAGCAACAAAUAAUACAACAGCAAAUUCAACACCAACAACAACUGUUGUAACAUCAAAUAUAAUACCAAUUGAAAAUCAAUCACAAACUUCUCAAUUACAACAGCAACAACAACAGCAGCAGCAACAGCAACAAAAACUACAGCAACAACAACAGCAAAUACAACAAUCGCAACAAACAACAGGUACAACAACAUCUCCAACUACAACAACAACAAUAUUAAAUGGAAAUUGCUUAGAACAAUCUCAGACACAACAACAAACUACACCAUUACAACAACAACAACAACAACAGCAGCAACAACAUCAACAUAUAUUGACACCACAAAAUAAUAUUUUACCUGGUUCAGCAUGUAUUAUUAAUGGAAGUGGUGCAUCACGAAUCUUUCAAAUUCUCUAUAGAAAUGAAGAAGUCACUUUAAAAGACGUGAUCUCAUUUAGAGCUCAUUUAUUAGUUGAUAGUAGACAUCUUAAGGAAUCAAUUGAACGUGCUGAAUUUAGUUUAAUUCUUGAAUUAUGGUUUGGUGAACAAGUAUCUAAUAAUGGUUCUAGUUUAUCAUUAGCAUCAACACGAACAUUACAAUUGAAUUUUUAUCCAGGAAGAGGUUUACAUUAUCAUUUACCAGUUUUAUUUGAUUAUUUUCAUUUGGCAGCAAUUAGUCUUGGAAUUCAUGCUAGUCUUGUAGCACUUCAUCAACCAUAUAUUAAGAAAACCGUUUUAAAUUUUAUAAAAAGUUGUGCCCCACGAACAUCGAAACCAUGGCUUAGUGGUGGAAAAUUAAGUUGUCGUGGUAGUACAUCCCCAGGUCCUUUAGAAGCUGUAUUCUUUGGUCCAAAUAUCGCUGGAACAACGAAAUGUAGCGGUGGUCCAAAUAGCCGUUUGCUACAAGCUCGCAAUAUUCAUCGAGAAAUUUGUGCCUUGCUUUUGGGUGUUGUUGAAUCUUUAAAAUUAACACUGAAUGAAUUCAGUACAGUUUUACCUCCACAAUGGAAUAAUAUAAUUGGAUCUCCUGUUUACAAAACUAAUGACACAUCAGAAAGGUUAAAGAAAUUGUCAGAUCAAGCAAAGCUCCACGAUAGUGAAGAUGAUUUUGCGAUUCGUGCUAAUUCUGAUAUUGCUCAAUUAUGUGCUGAAAGUAUAAUGUAUUGGCGGCGUAUCGUAGCAGUAUCAACACAACCAUGCAUACAUUCUCUAUUAGCAAAAAAACAUCAUAUAUUACGAGUACGUCGUUUUGCCGAGGGUUUUUUCGUUAUGGAAAAUCCUCGCCAUUCUGCUGCCGGUUGUUACGAUAACAAUUAUCAAAAUUAUGUUGCUGUUUGUGAAAUGGCAAGACGUAGUAAAUAUAUGCCAUCAAUACCACCCCUACCAGUUCAUUGUACACCAUUAGAUGGCGAUGCAAAUUCACUACCAUUAAUUUUUGAAGACAGAUAUCAAGAUCCACCCAAAUAUUCACGUCGCCGUACUGGUAGUGACCCACAUUUAAAUAAUGGCCAUGAUACAAUAACGUCUUUAUCAAAAUCUAAUAACAAUAAUAAUACCAAUACAACACCUGUAAGUAGCGCAAAGACUUUAUCAGAAAAAAUAAAUCAAUCGGUGCCAACAAUCAAUUCUACUAGAAUAAAUUCUGCUUCUGUACCUACUUCUGGAAUUACAGUGAGUUAUAUUGGCAUGAAUGGUAACGGAACAACGCCAACUACAGAACAGCAACAGCAACGACUAAAAGAAUGUUCCUGUGGAAUUAAUUUCGAAUAUCAAAAACCUAAUAAUUAUUUAGGUGUCAUGACUCCACGAUUUGCAUUGGGUGGUGAUAUAUUACAAGCAAGUUUAACUAUAACACCAGCCGCAGCAUCCAUAUCAACAAUGAAUUGUGUUGGUAUGAGGCAAAAAACAUUGUCUAGAUAUUCAGUAUCUGUUGUAGAAAAUGGUAAUAAUAAUUUGUGUCAUGGUGAAUGCAGAAAUUUAUCAGAAUGUUGUACAGCAGAAAAUCAAAACGAAUUUUAUACAAUUGGUGGUAAUAGUAAUUCUUUUCCUACACGACACAGCAAAUCUCUGGACCAACUAGAUGGUGGAGUUGCUGAAAGUACAGUUAAAAGUACUGUUGAGUCGGAUGAUCGAAUCAACAAACGAGUAAACUACAACACAUCAAACGGUCUAACUGGAGUUCAUAGCACAACUUCCCUUACAAGAUAUCAACAACAGGCAACACAACGUUCACAAAUCCCAUUAAACACAGUGCAAAGUCAUGGUAAUUUAAGCCAUAUUAGCAAAUAUCCAGCAACUGCCACUCCACAAAAUACUUUGAAUCGUGAAUAUAAGGCAAAAUUACAAGCAGAAGACUUAUUGAAAAACAUAAACGAAUUUAGGGAGAAAUAUAAAAAUCCAGGAGAUCCAACAAAACGUAUUCAACAAUUUUUGAAUCGUGAACCAUUAUUUUCGAAUGGAUACAAUAUGGAAUCUUGUGGAAUGUAUCGACGGGAUGAUAUGGGCGGAACUUUGAACCGUAUUAUAGAUGAAAAUCGUAAAUUAGGAAAAUAUGAUUAUUUACAUGAAAUAAAAAUGCUUAACCAGCCUCGGCAUGGGAAUAAUACGAAUAAUAAAACUCAUUGUGCGUACUAUAAUUCUUUACCAAAAACAACAGGAUCCGGAGUACCACCACGUAAUUCUUAUCCUCCUAUAAGGAGUAAAAAAAUAAUGAACAACAAUAAUCAUAAUAUUAAUAACAACAAUAUUUUAAAUGGAAUUGAAAACACAAAUAAAUUUCCACAAAAUUUUGAUUCGCAUCAAGAAAACCCCAUACCAAGAAGCAAUUCAUCUUUUACGUUGCAAAACAGUCAUCGGCCUAACCCGUGCUCGAAUUCUCAAACUAUUCCAAGAUCAGUUGAAAUCGCUCGUGUUAGAAUGUCUGAUUUAAAAGAAAUGCUUAGAAAUGGAACGCUUGGUAAAGAUUCCAGCAGUUCCGAAAGUGAUAUUCCAUCAAAAGUACGCAAAGGAAAAGAACAACGAAUUUUAUCUUCAGCGAGUGUUCCCUUUAAAUUAGAAUCUCUUGAUCAAUCAACACAAAAUUUUAAUUUGAACAGUAACCAAAGUGAUCCUAAUUCAGGUUUCAGUGAAAGUUUACCAAAUUUAGCACCACCUCCACAAUUUGAUACAUCGCCAAUACAUCGACCAAAAACAAGUAGUAACAGCAAUUCGACGUCAUCGAUGAGUGAACAAAGUGGAUGGGUUUCGAGCCGCAAAAGCUCUGGUCCUUCAAGCCCUGAAACUUUACAAGACGAACAGUAUGCAAGUCAAAAUAGAAUUUUGAAUGGGGAGCAAUUAAGACGAAAACUACAAAAAUUAUUUGAUGAACAAGAAGCAAAAAAGAAUCGAUUACCACCUAAAUCUAGUAAUAAACAUCAAACCAAAAAUGAAUCGUCUCAUAAAAAAACUUCAACAGUAACAAUAAAACCAUCAGUUACAGCGAAAUCAAAUGAGCGCAAUGAUAUUUCGAAAGAAUUCAAGAUGAAAUCUAAACCAGAAUGGAUUAAUAUUCCUCCGAUAUCCGACAGGAAACUCUACAAUUUGGGCGCAAUAGAAAGUGCGCCAGCAAAUUCAUCUGACAAGGCUUUUCAUGCAUCAAUUAAUGUAACUUCUAAAAUUGCGGACAAUUUAAAACAAUCUGAGAAAUCUAAAUCAGAAUUUGACAUUACCAGUAUUAAUGAUAAUGAAAAUCCUUUUGCAAAUGUAAGAGUACCACCACCAAAACAAUUUCAAGAUACUCUUUUACCACCCGAUGAAUUCCGUGACCCUCCUUCAGGUAACUCACCUUCCCCAGAUAAAGAGGACCCUUUAUUAGAAAAGUUAAUUGAAUCCGAAAAACUUAAAUCUAAAUCCAAUUCAUUGAAAGAUAAAUAUAGAAGUCAAAAUUUAGAAAAAUCCUUUGACUAUAAUAUAAAAAGAAAUUCGGAGCCCAAUUUUAAGAAGCAGGAACAUGCAGUUAACUUUAAAAAGGAUGACCAUAUUUCUCACAGAAAAGAAGAUAUUAAUCUAAAUAAAAAAGACGAAAAUUUUUCCAAAAAAACAGAAGAUCACAAAAUUUUACACCACGGAAAGGAAAAUCAGGUGUACAAAAUCGAUGAUCAUAAACAUAAUAAAAAGGAUGAAUUAUUGAUGCAUAAGCAGCACAAAAGAGAAGAUAAUUUAUACAAAAAAGAACAGGAGCAAAAUUGCAACAAUACAAAAAAAGAAGAUUUUCAAUUUUAUAUUAAAGAUAUACCCAAUUUUCCAGAGUAUAGAAAUGAUGAUCAUAUUCCAACGAAAAAAGAAGAACAACAAUACCAUCAUCAUCAUCAGCAACAACAUCAACAGCAACAACAUCAAAAGCAACAACAAACUCAAAUAAGAAAAGAAAUAACCCCGACAACACCUGCUCGUAAACCAGUUGGUGCUAUAGAUAAUCCUGUUUAUCACAUUUAUGAAGCCCUAAAACCAAAUCAAACUCAAAUUGCUCCAAAUAACACUAAUAGUUCAAAUUCUCAUCCAAGACCAUUUUUAAAAUCUCAAAGUAGCACAGAAUUAACUGUUAGCCUAGACAAUGAAUUAAUUGGCGGUGGAAUUAGUUGCCAAAGCGGUUACAACAGUCAAAGUAGUUUAAAUGGGCAAAGUUUAAGUGGUGGGCAGAGUAGUAGUCAUUAUAACAGCGGUGGUGGAAAUAAUGGGGGCCAAAACUCGAAUGGUUUCAGUGAUCGGGCAGAAUUAGACGAAGAAGAUGAUAGCGGACGUGGCACUGAAGAUUAUCGUAUAAUUGAACGCAGUGAUAGUCAAAAGGCAAACGGAAAAAAUUCAAAACGUAAAAAUCAACAGCAACCGGAAUCUGCAUUUUCUUUAAUGGAAUUUGAAAAAUAUCGUGAAGAAUUCCGAAAACAAAUUAAAUACAAUGGUGCUAUUUAUUCUGAUUUUCCAAAAUUAGCAUCUGAUAUGCCAUAUUUUCAUAUUAGUGAUGAGUACAGAGCAUUUUCACCAGCAGGCAUGCAUUUAAUUAUAUGUGUUCAUGGACUAGAUGGAAAUUCUGCUGAUUUAAGAUUAGUUCGAACUUAUCUUGAAUUGGGUUUGCCAGGAGCUAAUUUAGAAUUUAUAAUGUCAGAAAGAAAUCAAGGUGAUACAUUUUCAGACUUCGAUACAAUGACUGACAGACUAGUGGCAGAAAUUUUAUAUCACAUCGAAACUUGUGGCCUAAAUCCUACAAAAAUAUCAUUUGUUGCACAUUCUUUAGGUACAAUAAUUGUAAGAUCAGCAUUAGCUAGACCACAAAUGAGGCCACUUUUACCAAGACUUCAUACAUUUUUGUCAUUAUCAGGUCCACAUCUUGGUACAUUAUAUAAUUCAAGCGGCCUAGUAAAUAUGGGUAUGUGGUUUAUGCAAAAAUGGAAAAAAUCUGGCAGUUUAUUACAAUUAUGUUUAAGGGAUUCACCUGAUUUAAGGCAAAGUUUCUUGUAUCGUUUAAGUCAACGAAGUACACUACAUCAUUUUAAAAAUGUGUUAUUAUGUGGUUCAAGUCAAGAUCGUUAUGUACCACCACACUCAGCUAGAUUAGAAUUAUGUAAGGCCGCUAUACGGGAUAACUCGAAUUUAGGAAGUGUAUACAGGGAAAUGGUUCAUAAUAUAAUGGCUCCAAUGUUAGCUAGACCUGAAUUAACUUUAGCCAGAUUUGAUGUUCAUCAUGCACUACCGCAUACAGCAAAUUCAUUGAUUGGUCGUGCAGCUCAUAUAGCGGUUUUGGACUCAGAAUUAUUCAUUGAGAAAUUUUUAUUAGUUGCCGGCUUAAAAUAUUUCAGCUAGCUGAAAUUAACCACAUCUAUCUUUACUUUUUAAAAAGUACAUAAAUAUUAAAAAAAAAAUUUAUGUAAAAAAAUUUUCCUAUUAUAGUCAAAAUGUAAAAAAAUAAAAGUAAAAAAAUACUUAAAAAUUUUAUAAAAAAUUUUAGAGGAACAAUUAAUUUUUUGAUCAUUGUGUCAAAUUCAAAAAUAGAUUAUUUAUUAGGAAAAAAAAAAUAUUUAAAUUUUUAAAUAUUUUAUUUUUUAAUUUCAGUUGGUUGAAUUCUAAAUAGUUUUAAAAGAAUGUGUUUUGCUCACUGCCUUAUAAUUGCUACACUAAAAUCAUAAUCAUUUUUAUUAUAACAAAAUUAUUUAGAAGUUCAAUGCGGAUAACAUGAAUUAUACGUUAUUACUAAUUAUAUUUUUUCACUGCCAAAUAAAAAUUAUUCAAAUUUCUAUAAUUAUUAUUUAAAUCUUUUACAAGGUAUUUUAAAUUACGAUACAAAUGUGAAAUAAAAGUUAUUUUGUAGUCCUCAAAAAUGUGUCAUGGUUCCAGUUUUAUAAUAAUUUUCUUAUUGAAAUUAUUUAAUUACGUACGAGUAGCAGAGACCGCCAAGAAAUAUUCAAAUUUGUAUGUGCUUCAAAAAAUAUCAAGGAAAAAACUACUUAGAGUUUUAGAAAAUACAAUAAAAAAAAUUAGUAGAAAAAACCAUUAACAGAAUAAACUGUAAGCAAUAUCAAUGAAGAAAUUGCGAUGAAAUUUCCGUUUCCAAUCCGUUUAAUGAACAUUAAGGUAAUCAACAUUAUGACUUGUAUGCACACUAAGAGGAACUAAAAGCAGAUCAUAUAAUCAUUUUACAUUUGUAACGUAAUUCAUUGUUGAAAAAUAACAGACCAAUUUAUAUUUGUAAUAAUAUUUCAUUUAAGAUUUAAUUCAAUACACUUUUUAUACAUAAAUAUUCGUGAAUAAUACUUAAAAAUAUCUAAUGGCGACCACUAAUUAAUUUAAUACAAAAUAUAUACUAUUAAAAAUUUAAACUAUAAAAUACCAAAAUAAUAUUGUUGGACUUAAAAUUAAAAAUGCUUUUAAUUGAUGUUUUAAAAAUUCCAAUUAAUAUUUUAAUUACUAUUAUAAUUUUUUCAAAGGUCAUUUUCAAAUUUUAUUAUACAUACGCAUAUAGAUUAAACACAUAGAUUUCAUUUUGGUACUUUUCUCAGAUUAUGUUAUUAGAUGUUCCUUAUGAGAUUCAUUUUUCUUUUGUGUAAGAUAUUUUGGCUAUGUAACCCAAUAAAAGUAAACAAUAUUUAUCUAUUACAUUACUACGUAUAUGAGCGUAUACGAAUUUCAAAAUCAUCUAUUAUUAUAAAUGGAAAAUCACAAUAAAAAUUUAAAAAACAAAUCUCAUAUUAUAACGAAAAAAAAAUAUUAAAUUGAAUAGUUUAAAUUCAUAAUGUAUUCAAUAAUCUUCAAUAGUCUUGAAGCAUUCAUCACUUAAAUGAAUGGUGAUUGAAUAUUCAAAAAUAUUGAAGUUUUCAAUAUAGAAAUUGAUUUAAUUUAAAAAAUUACAAAAUUUUUUCAAGAACAUUUACAUUUUAUCAGUUGUAUCGUUUAUCUCGUUAUGUUUAUCUCACUUUUUAUUCACUUUCAAAUCAGAAUUCUUAUUUUUUUUAUAAAAGAUGUUUUUCAAUAAGAUUACUACAUUUUUUCACUUUUUAUUUUUUGCAUUUUUUCUCAAAUUAUCGACUGAACCUAUUUACCUUCAAAAUAAAAGUGAAAAAAAUUUUGUAUACAAUUUUCGAAAAAACAGAAAAAUUCUUCUCACUCGAAAUAAUGACAUUAUAGAAAUAAAAUAUGAUAAUCAUUCACUUUCCUCAUUC